AUGACAAAUGUCAUGAUUGUGAUACUCAUAGUUCUGUUCCCCUCCUACCAAGUAGGAUUCCACGAAGAAACAUAUCUGGUGUUAGGCUUAAUCAGUGCCGAUGUAUGCUGCUCGCUCCACUUCCCUGUACAAGUGGCUUCGCCGAAUUUCAUUCGGCCACCAGUCCAGUGGUUACUCGAAAUCCUUGUCGCCCACCUUCAAAAGAUUUGA